AUGUGCGGAAGCUCAAACACAGAUGCUCAGCGGCCCAGAAAUUCUACUUUGCAUCGUCUGACCAGGCACCUUUUACUGAAUUACAGCAAGGGAGUGAGACCUGUCAGAAACUGGUCAAAGGCCACUACCGUUUACCUUGACCUCUUUGUCCAUGCAGUGCUGGAUGUGAAUACACAGAAUCAAAAGCUAACAACAAGCAUUUGGUUUCGGCAGAUGUGGAAGGAUGAGUUUCUCACCUGGAAUUCCAGCCUCUAUGAUGGGAUCAGGGAGAUUUCUCUGCCACUCAGCACCCUCUGGUCUCCGGAUAUCGUCAUCAACGAAUUCGUGGAUGUCAGCAGGUCCCCCGAUCUCCCCUACGUUUACGUGAAUGCUGCUGGGAUGAUCAAGAACUACAAGCCCAUGCAGGUGGUGUCCGCGUGCAGUUUGGAGGCCUACGCCUUUCCCUUCGACACCCAGAACUGCAGCCUGACCUUCAGCAGCAUCCUGCACACAGUGGAGGAUGUGGACCUCACCUUCUGGAGAAGCCGUGAGGACAUUAAGAAUGACAAGACGCUGUUUCUGGAUGAUGGUGAGUGGGAGCUGCUCUCCGUGCCCUCACAUCCCCGGGUCCUGCACAUGGAGACCGGACGCUUUGCCCAGAUUCAGUUUAACGUUGUUAUCCGAAGACGCCCCCUGCUAUAUGUGGUCAGUUUGCUGAUCCCCAGUCUAUUCCUGAUGGUCAUUGACCUGGCCAGCUUCUAUCUGCCACCCAACUGUGGCACCAGGAUAACCUUCAAGACCAGCGUGCUGGUUGGCUAUACUGUCUUCAAAGUCAACAUGUCAGACAAGCUGCCGGGCACUGCGGUCAGCACUCCCCUCAUUGGGGUGUUCUUCACGGUUUGCAUGGCCCUCUUGGUUCUCAGCCUGUCCAAGUCUAUCCUGCUAGUAAAGUUCCUUCAUCUGGGGGAAGACCCUGUGCGGGAAAGGCUCUUCUCCGGCUGCUGGGUGAGCAGUGCCGUAGUCGGAGGAGGCCCCGGCGAGAGACCCCAGGCUCCCAGGCUGCAAGCAGCUGGUGACAUUGCAGGUCUCUCGUUGCGUGGGGAACAGGAGGAAGGGAAAGGAGAGGGGCCUUGGAAGGUGACGAGCGCCCGGAAGGCCCCAAUGGAGAAGAUCCUGGCAGAGCUCCUCCUGAUCAGCUCCCAGCUCCGUGCACUAGACUGGGCCAGCAGACGAGAAGUCAACUGGCUCACGCUGUCCUACAGGCUGGAUAGACUGCUGUUCUGGGUGUACGUCCUGACCCUGGGGGUGUAUUCAGUCACACUCUGCUCCCUGUGGGUGGUCUGGAGCGCCCAGUAACGGUAGUGGGGGCAUGGCAAAGCUAACAUCAGAGAUGCAGAUACAUUCAAUGCUGGUGGGUCUGGCUUGGCUCACAGGGGCAGGGGAUGGGCUACUGAGUGUCCGUCUCUUGGGCUCUAGAUCCAGGUCAGAGGGACGGGAGGACAAGACUUUUCACCUGUAGGGCAUCAUUUCCAAUCUAGAGUAGGUUGAUCAGGGCCUAAAAUCUUUACCCUCUGCCAAUGAUCACGUGGCCCAUCGGGACUGAACCCCCUCACCUUCCAGCUCAUCCUCCAGGGGCCCUUCCCUGCUCUGUGGAUCUGCGGAGCGCUUGGUCUCCAGGAUCAUCUCUCUGGCACCCUCCCUCCAGAACUCAAUUCAUGCUGAAACAAAAAACACAAACCCCACAAAGAGCCUUUACCUGCAGCUGUCUCUCGCCGCUCGUUACCGCCGCGCUAGUGCUUUGCUCCAAUUGCCCAUGAAAUGCUUCCACUGCUAUUAAGGAAAUGAAGAACAUCAGACAGGUUUUGAACCACCCCCCACCCAGCCCCUUCCACCAGUGGGAACAACCUCUCUGUCUUGACCUCCCUUAAUUUCAACUGGGAGGCGCUUCCCCAGACAGUGCGUUCGCAGACGCCUGUGGAGUUUUCUCUGCUCCCAGCAGCUGGCUGAGGCAUUCCAGAUUCGCAAUUAGGGUGACCAGACAGCAAGUGUGAAAAAUCGGGACGGGGAUGGGGGGUAAUAGGAGC